CACUCGCUUUGGAGCAGGAGCGCCCCUUGACAGUGGAUUGCUUUGAUUCAUGUUUUUUUCUACACGAAUUUCUCACUCUGGAAGAUUAUUUUAAUUCAAUGCGCAACGAGAGGAGCGCAUGAAGGAGAAGAUGAACGUGGAGGCUCUGAGCAGGGCUGAGCUGCUGACUCUGCUCAGUAUCCUGGAGGGCGAGCUGGAGGCCCAAGAUGUGGUCAUCCAUGCGCUACGGGCUCAGCACAGAGAUGCGUUCGUCCAGGAGCGUUACGGACAAUAUGACCUCAGCGAUCCAUUCCUGGCCUUGCAGAGGGACAGUGAAGCAGAGGAGCGGCAGAAUGCACUUGCCCAGAACAACAGUAGCCUAACGGGACGCGCAGUGGGCCCAAACCCUCUGGCUGUACUCAAGCUGGUCAUGGCUCACUGUAAAAGGAUGCAGGAGAGGAUGAUGGGUCAACUGGCUGCAACAGAAAGAAGACAUAAAAGGAUGAUAGCUGAUUUGGAGGAGGAGAAACGGUGCAGGGCUCAAGAAUCUGCCAGAAGUGAAGAUGUCUCAUAUAUGCUCCAAAUGGAAAGGGACAAACUCCUUCAACAGUUGGAGGAAGAACGUGCCACAGUGAGGCUCCUGGAGAAGAAGCAGGUUCAGACCGUGAGCCAGGUAGAGGAGUCCUUGUCCCAGCAGCAGCAGCUCUCCUCCACCCUGAGUCUGGAGCUGCAGCGGGCCUGCAGCCAAGCACAGGAGGAGGCUCAGAAGGCCUCCCAGCUCCACAGCCGACUGCAGGAAGAAACCAGUGCUCUAGAGAAGCUUCAGAACACUCUAGAAGAAGAGAGGAAGCACGCAGCUCAAUUAGAGGCCAAGUCUGAGAAGCAAUUGGCUGAGUUUGAUACAGAGCGAGAGCAGUUAAAAUCUCUGCUUCAUAAAGAAAAGGAGAGGUGUAAGGAGCUUGAGAGACAGGUGGAGGAGCUCAUAGAAAGAUUAGCUUCUGUACAAAACCUGUGUGAUGUAAAGGAAGAAAAUGUAUUGUCCAACAAAGCAUCGGAGUCAGCAUCUGUUCAGACAGAACCAGAUGGAAAAGUUAGUAGCACGACUAAGCCAGCCUCAGUGUCCAAGGUAAAUGGGCAUCACGCUAACAAAGGGACAGAGUCCAUAAAAGAGAGGAAAGGCCCUGAAAAUGAGGUGAUAGUGGAAAACGGCAGUGGACCAUUGUCUCCGUCACCUCUUCACCCUCUCUCUCACCCCCGUUCUCCCUCCAGCACGGCCUCCUCCUCCCUCUCCUCCUCCCCUGUCUCCUCCCCAGUGCUGGCCAAGCGCCUCGGGAGCCCAGGCUUUCAUCAGUCAGCGUACCAGGCUGGAGUCAAUCAACGUUUCCAAGCUGCCAGGCACAAGUUCCAGACUCAGGCAGAACUGGAACAGCAGCAUCACAGCAGUGGGCCUCUGUCUCCUCGAGACCUGUCCCCUACCACCUCUGCCCCCCCUCCACCAGAGAACAGCACUGCUAAACAACUGGCUCGCAACACUGUCACACAGGUGCUGUCCCGCUUCACAAGCCAACAGGCUGGGGUCAAACUGGCCCCUAUCAGCAGCUCUCCUUUUGGUACUGAUUACCGCAACUUGUCUUCCCCUACUGGUCCAAAGUCUCCCUCAUCAGGGCCGUUAUCUCCGGGUAUUCGCUCACCACUCACUCCACGCUCUGAGCGCACACAUCCACCUCCAGUUCCCCCCAAAAGGCCAGGCAUGAGUCCCACUCCUGGAUCCCCAAGCCACUCCACCAGGAGCCUCCACUUCCCAGAGCUGUCUGGAAACUGUGGAGACAAAAGUGUGCAGGAGGGAACCAAAGAGCCUGACCUGGUGCUAUCGUCCAGCAGUUAACAGUUAAAACUUGGAUACAUUCAUUUAGACCCUUGAAUCAACUUGUAGCACAUAAUUUCAAAUGAGAAGCAAACAAUAUUGAAAAACUGAACUGUUUGGUUAAGGAGUUGGCCUGCUUCUACCUCGUUAAUAAAUCUGUUUUAAAUAAACAUACUGUAGGAGUGCUUUGAAUAGUGAUGAAGGCUGAGCAGAUACAAUUUAUGCUGGGCCCACUGAAUUUUGUUAUUACACAAAGACCAGCUAUUUCUACUCUUCUAAGAUGUAAAUGUGCUUUGUAGCUAUGUAUACAUGCAGUAAAUGGAAAAUUAAAUACAAAAAUAACAGCACAACAGAAAUAUAAUAACUGGAAAGUCUAGUAGCCUAUCAUGAAGUUGUUGCUGUAAAAUGUUAUUUGGUUGAGAAUAUUGUAUACAUGUUACUGUAUACACACAACAACUUAAUUUCUAUGAUUCUAAAAUGAUAACAAGUUAUUUCUUCAAUAAAGGACAAUAAGCUGUAGAAAAUAAGAGUAUAUGUUUAGUUGUUUUUCUUCUAAUUACCUUUUUUCUUCAUCCAAUUGAAUAUGAAAGAUAUUUAACUGACUUAGUGAUACUUUGCACUAUGGGUCGAAUAGGCUAUACAAAAGCAGAUUAAGAAACAAAAGUCUUUAUAUUAUAUUAUUUAUGUUUUGAUUGUUUUUUUAACCACAGUUGCAAGUGUACAGCACAGAUCUUAGAAGCAUUUUGUAAAGUGUACAAUGCCGCCCCCUACUGUCCACUAUGAAAAGGUGCUAGAAGAGCUCUUAACUCUUUUUUUUAUAUUAUUCAGUCUUUCAUACAGUGCAAUCGGUUUAAGUGAAAUGUAAUGAGAAAAUGUCAUUGUUCUAAUCUUGUUCUCUCUCACAAAAUAGUGUUUAGUACUGUAGUUCAGAAAUUUGUUAACCAUUUGUCUCUGCCUUCAAACACGUCAUCUAAACUGGAAUGUUUUCAUUUUAUUUAUACUAUAGACAUUGACUGUAAAUCAAAUAAAUAAUUGAUUCAAGCAAUGCC